AAACCAAACGCAUACUUCAUUAAACCAAAGGUCAAACCGGUUAAUCGCCAAUCUGUGAGGCACGCGAGUCACAACCAUCCCCGUGUCUUUAAAGCCAAAGAAGAGGAUGAGACCGCAUGCUCUGGCUGCGAGCUAGAGCUGACCGGGCAAGCUUUCAAGUGUAUAAAGUCAGAGUGCGAUUACUUCUUGCACAAGUCAUGUUUCGACCUACCUAAUGAGACCAAUCACAAGUCUCACCAGGACCACCCUCUGACCUUGCUUCAUUCCCCACCAGAUGAUCGGUCUGUUUACACGUGUGACGCGUGUGACCAAUACGGAUCUGGAUUCACUUACCAUUUCUCAAACUGCAACUACAAUCUUCAUGUGGGAUGUGCGUUUAUCCCUGAAACCGUAGAUCGUGAAGAUCAUGAACAUCCACUCACUCUUCUUUAUUGCACACCGUGUAAAGGUCGUGAAGACACGAUCUUCACUUGCAGCGUUUGUGAUGAAACUAUUUCAGAAGAUCUAUGGAUGUAUUACUGUAAGGAAUGUGACUAUGGAACACAUGUACAUUCAUGUGCGGCAUAUGAAGAUCAAGAAUCAAAUGAAGAGGAAGAAGAAGAAGAAGACGAAGAAGGAGAAGCGAGUUCUCCAGCUUCUAGGAUAAAGUCUUUGAUGAAGGCGCAAGACGAGAUGGCGGCUAUGCAGCUAGAGGCACGUAUUGCGAAUGAUGCGAGGAAUGCUGCGCUUGAUCUUUGGGAUGAACCAAAACGUAGAUACUAUUGGUGAUCAAGAGAAGGGAGGAGUAUAUUUAUGAAGAUGUGUGAUUGUUUUUUUCUUUGUGAAAUAUUGUUUCCAAAAUAAAGAAACAAUAUAGAUAUAUACUCUUUCUUGUAACGGGUUCUUGUUUAUUUGUGUGGUUUUAUAAUAAUUUUUUUUUUUUUUUAUAAACCCUAUCGGGCUGAUCCGGUCGGUCUCGGUAGGAACGCACUGAGGUGUUACAGAGUGGACUUCUCCCGAUCCAGGUAGAAUUGGGCCACCACACUGCCUGAUCCGAGUUUGGAAUACCUUCCGACUAAUGCCAAGGGGGUAGUCAGGCCGCCUGCAUUUUUGACUACCAGGUAAACCAAUUAGGCCUUGACAGACUUCCCAAACAAAUGUGUUUUUGUUUCCAGGGAGAAUCGAACUCGGGUCUGGGAGUUUCACCCUUCAUCAAAGCUUCCUUUGCCACUAGACCACAAGGACUUGGGCUAAUAAUUUCUUUGUAUGUUGUUUAUUUUGCAUAUGAAGAAGAAAAAAACGUAAGCUGAUUUAAAGAAUUUUUUCUUAUAUUUUGUCUAUCGUAAGGUUUAGGUGAUUAGGUUACAUUUCAAAUCGAACAAAUAUAUUGGAACCUUUAAUUAUCUUGAGAUGUUGUUUAAACACUUUGACUCUUUUCCGUCGAAUGGUAAUGUGAUUAAUCUUUAAGCCUUAAAAGCCUUUAUGAUCGUGUGAGCGAUGCGUUAAGUUUAAUAAAUAUUGAAUGGUAAUACUUUUUUUUUCAGU